AUGGCUGAUUUUCUACACAAAGCGAUUGGUGCUAUGUCGUUUGAAGAUGAGGAACCGCUAGUGCUUCCAGAGAGUCCUCAGUUUACAGUCCUUGAUGCUAAUGAAACCCGUAUGCUGGGUCGCCUUCUCAACCCAGACUGUCAAUCCAUGUCUCGUAUGAUCGACUAUAUGCCCACUGCGUGGAGGGUUUAUGGAAGGGUUCGAGGUAUAGCUCUGUCUCGUGACCGAUUUCAGUUUGUGUUCCAGAGAGAGGAAGAUCUGGUUACUGUUCUGAAUGAUCGGCCCUGGUCUUACAACCAUUGCGCUAUGGCGCUUGAAAGAUGGACUGCUUCUCCUCAUGAGGACUUUCUGAGAACAAUGGAGAUCUGGAUUCGUAUCCGGAAUAUCCCGCAGAUUCACUUCACAUCGGAAAUGAUGUAUAAGCUUGCCUCAGAGAUAGGUAAAGUAGAAGUGAUUGCCUAUGACCCAAAAGUCUCUCAUACUAAAGAGUAUAUCAGGGCGAAGAUUACCUUUCAUGUGGAUAAUCCAGCUAAAGCCUCAAGGAAGUUGUCGGUGAAAUCAGAUACGAUGUCCCUUACUGAAAAAGGUCAGAUAAAGGCUAGUGGUGGGAGUACGAGCUCUAUGACACCUCCCAUAAAGACCCCUAAUAUGCAUGUGUUGAUCAACCCGUCUAGAGGUGAGGCUCUGGCAGCUCCACCAGGGUUCCCUCCCUUGUUUCCUAAACUCUCCCCAGCGGACCAGAAGAUGGCUAUGCUCUAUAUAUCCCACUCAGAUGAGACUGAGCGCAAUGCAAGGAUUUUGAGGGUAAGACAAGGUAUUGAGGACAAUAGAGAAUCUUCCCUGCGACUGAUAAGGAUUACAAAUGAGAUUGAUAAAGGCAAGGGUCAUGUGUUUCAUUAUACUGAAAAGUCCAUCUAUCAGGAAGACAGUAGUAAGCGUUUUCGUGUUGGUCCCCAGCUGCUUCUCGGAAAUACUGAAGAUGAAGCUGAAUCCUCUGCUAAUGCUCCUGAUACUCUGUCUGCCCCUGCUUUCGUUUCGUCGGGUUUUCAGCUUCGCCCCACUUUGGAGGGGCGUGCUUCCGGAAACUUAAGUUUGGGCAAAGCUGCGAGAAACCGCCCUCCUUCAUGGAAGAGGAAAGCAAACCCCAAGAAAGGAAAUUCUGCAUUUGGACCCGCCUUGAAGGGACAAGAACAAUCGGCUGCAAAUGGUACAAAGAGGAAGCAGAGUGUUUCAGCUUCGGCCGUGGACAACAAAUCCCCAAAGUACACAGAAUCUUCGGUGGCUUCUGUAUUGAAGCCGCUGCAGCCGCAAUGA